AUGGAUUUUAAAACAACAUUUUUUAAUACAACACUUGCCCCAUUCUAUGCAGGUAGCGGCACGGCUGUCUCCAUUACCAACGAUGGUUCAUUAUUGGCUACAUCAGUUUUAGAUGUGAUCAAUAUUGUUCAACUUAAAGAACGUCAUGAAAUUGUGCAUAAGAUUAAUAAUGACGAUGAACAGGAGAUAACUGCCUUAAAAUUGACUCCAGAUGGUUCAUAUUUAUGUUUUGUUGCCCAGAAUCAAUUGUUGAGAAUUUACAGUUUGGCUUCGAAAAAAAUUGUUAGGUCUAUGAAAGUAUCUUCUCCAGUAUAUGUCAUGGAUUGUGAUGAAACAUCAACACUUUUAGUAAUCGGUGGUACUGACGGCAGUGUUAGUAUUUUCGAUAUUGAAAAUGGGUACGUUACUCAUUCUUUUAAAGGGCAUGGUGGAAUUAUCUCUAGUGUGAAGUUUUAUGGUGAAUUGGACGGUGCAAAUUGGUUGCUUGCUUCAGGUGAUACCAACGGUGUAGUAAAAAUCUGGGACUUGGUAAAGCGGAGAUGUAUGCAUACAAUCCAAGAACAUACGGCUGCAGUGAGAGGUUUGGAUUUCUGUGUGAAGGAUUCAGAAAUGCUACUAAUAUCUGGUGGUAGAGAUGAAAUUAUCAACUUACACCACUUUGAUUAUAAGAAAACUUGUAAACUAUUAAAAACCCUACCUGUUAAGCAGCAGAUCGAGGCAUGUGGGUUCAUCGCUAACCAUGAAAGUCUAAUAUAUCAUGCGGGUGACAAUGCAGUAUAUCAAAUUGUUUGCUUGCAGUCUGGAAAACAAAUAAAGAGUUCACAGAAACCCCAAGAGGAAUUGUUUAUUAUUGGUGUCUUGUCAAUUGAAAAUGGUUCAAAGCAUUAUUUAGUGUUAUCAGAUCAAACCUUAUUUUUGUUAGAUAUCGAACAGGCAUUGAUGGAAGAAGAUACAACCAUUCCAAUUAAAUCUAAAAUCGCUGGUAACCAUGGAACUAUAGCCGAUAUGAAAUUCGUAGGUCCCAAUUUAGAUAUGCUGGCUCUAGCGACGAAUUCGCCCACAUUGAGAAUAAUCAAAGCUCCACAAGCCUCUGAAGAAGAUGGUCAAUUCCCGGUUGAGACAAACAUGUAUGGGGGGCAUGUUGAUUUACUAAAUGCUUUAGACGCUUCCGAAGAUGGUUUAUGGAUUGCAACCGCGUCGAAGGAUCACACUGUCCUGUUAUGGAGAUAUAGUGAACAACUCGGUGACUUCAAGCAAUAUGCAAAAUUUAUCGGACACGCAGGUUCAGUUACAGCUGUUGCCUUACCUAAUAUCAUGGAUCAACAUUUUCCUAACUUUUUGCUCAGUUCCUCUACAGAUAUGACUGUUAAAAAGUGGAAAGUUCCAAAACCAACCCAAAAUCCAACAGAAGAUGAAAUACCAGUGGUCAAAACAAGUGAGUAUACUAGGAGGGCACACGAAAAAGAUAUAAAUGCAUUAAGUAUCUCUCCAAACGAUUCCAUAUUUGCGACCGCUUCCUACGACAAAACUUGCAAAAUUUGGGAUCUAGUUACUGGAGAAUUAGUGGCUACGUUGGCAAAUCACAAACGUGGUUUGUGGGAUGUUUCAUUCUGUCAGCAUGACAAGCUAAUUGCAACUUGUUCCGGCGAUAAGACUAUUAAAAUUUGGUCCUUAGAAAAUUAUAACAUUAAAGCAACGUUAGAAGGCCAUACCAACGCUGUACAGCGUAUUUCAUUCAUCAAUAAGAACAAACAGCUUGUUAGUUGUGGUGCAGAUGGGCUAGUGAAAAUCUGGGACUGUAGCACUGGUGAAUGUCUUAGAACUUUAGACGCUCAUGAUAAUAGAAUAUGGGCAUUGGAGGUUGCAGAUGAUGGUGACAGGUUUGUGACAGCAGAUGCGGAUGGUCUGUUCCAAUUUUGGAAGGAUAAUAGUGAAGAAGAGCAUGAACAGGAUUUGGAAAAGAAGAGACUAAAAGUUGAGCAAGAACAAUCAUUACAAAAUUAUUUAUCCAAAGGAGAUUGGGUAAAUGCAUUCUUGUUGGCAAUGACCUUGGAUCAUCCCAUGCGACUAUAUAAUGUAUUAAAAAGUAGCAUCUCUGGUAGAGAUGAGACUAAAGAAAGUGAUGAUAAUCACGUCUUUAGCGCAGAAUUAGACCACAUCAUUGGCACCUUGGAUGACGAGCAACUUUUAAGGCUGCUCAAGAGGUGCAGAGAUUGGAAUACAAAUGCAAAAACCUACACAGUUGCUCAGUUGGUAAUCAAGUGUAUUAUGAGAGAGCAUAAUAUCGUUCAACUGAGUGAGAUUCCCGGCGUAGUUCAAGUAAUCGAUGCCCUGAUCCCGUACACCGAAAGACAUUAUUCUAGAGUUGAUUCAUUGGUAGAACAGAGUUAUAUCUUGGAUUAUGCUCUAAUGGAGAUGGAUAAAAUACUGUAA